AUGGCGGAGGUUAACCUGUCGGCGUCUCUGUCCAAGCGAAGUCGGUCUACGGAUAGUCGAGUGUCGGCUGGACAGUGUUCGGACGCGUCAGAUGCGGAUGGUAAAUCUGUACACGGCAAACCUGCCAUUCCCUCUUACCUCACCCAGCCAGCCAAAUAUGUUCGAGAUAAAUUUAGCGAACUGGAGUGGAUGGAGCGACAUCGAAGAGCUGCCGGCGCGUUGUCCCAGGAUCCCUCCCAUAAGUGGACGCUGGACACGAGCCCGCAAGUCAAGGCUCGGAAUCGCUAUGGAGAUGUGCAGGCAUGGGAGAACUGUCGGGUCCAUCUCAAGGUUCCGGAUGGGGAGUGCGACUUCAUCAACGCUUCGCCUAUUGUGCUAAAAGACCCAGAAACAGACGGGGAGUACAAGUAUAUUGCAAGCCAAGGCCCAAAACGUGAUCGUCUUGCCGAUUUUUGGAACAUGAUUUACCAUGAGGCAGGCGAAGUUGCUGUCCUGGUUAUGCUCACCCAAACAGUUGAAUCUGGAAAGGAAAAAUGCGCCCAGUACUUCCCUCAGGACAUGGAGAAUCCUAUUUUUGAAUUUUCUUCGCCGAGUGGUGUGGCCCAAGACUCUGAAAACCCCCCAGCUGCCCAUUUUUCUGGCUCGGUAACUCUUUUGAAUACAUCUUAUGACGAAUCAAUACGCUCAAACGUCAGCGAACUUGAGCUCCGCGUGGGAUCAAGCACCAAGACAGUAUGGCAUUUCCUCUUCGCCGGGUGGUCUGACUACGGGACACCAGAAGGGCCUGACCGAGAUGCCCUCCUCAAUCUCAUGACAGCUACGGCAGAAAAAGCAAAGUCGUUCUCCAACCCCCGAAUUGUGCAUUGCAGUGCCGGCGUGGGAAGAACAGGGACAUUCAUCGCUCUCGACCAUUUGUUGAGACAGCUUCGGUCUGGACAGCUCCUGAACACAAACGACAAGUCCGCUGAUGUAAUUUUCAACACUGUGAAUCGGCUUAGGGAACAGCGAAUGCUGAUGGUCUAUAACGCUUUUCAAUAUCAAUUCAUCUAUGACGUUUUGAAAGAACAAACCCAGAUCAAGCUGGGGAUUGAGGCUGCCCCGAUUGAACCCCGUCCUCAGAAGAUAGCGAAGCCUGAUGAUGGAAUGUUCAAGCCUGAGUUGGUCGCUUUGAGCCCCGCAGAUAUCAGUACCGCCGAUGAGCCUGAGGACGAGGAAGUUGAGGGUAAAGACAAAGCCGACAAAAAGAACGAUAACAACGACGAUAAUGACGGUGAUGAUGAAGAAGAAAACGACGAUGGCGAUGAUGAGGAAGAUGAUGAAGAUGACGACGAAGACGACGAAGACGACGACGAGGAAGUCUGA